AUGGCUGGAGUCGUGGAGCAGGAAAGCGGGCUGGUGCGCAGCAAGCUCGGCGAGGCCAGCAAGAGGAACGGCCUGAUCAACACCAGAAGCCUCGUGUCUGAGAGCAGGGAUGGCCUGGUGUCCGUGUACCCGGCGCCCCAGUACCAGAGCUGCCGGAUGGUGGGCAACGCGGCACCGGCCGCCCCGGACGGCAGCAGGAACAAGCCGGUCCAGCAGCUGCUGGACCCCAACACCCUCCAGCAGUCGGUGGAGUCCCUCUACCGGCCCAACAUCAUCCUCUACUCGGAGGGCGUGCUGCACCCCUGGGGGGACAGCGUGACGGCCGACUGCUGUGAGACCACCUUCAUCGAGGACCGGUCGCCCGCCAAGGAGAGCCUGGAGUACCCCGACGGCAAGUUCCUCGACCUCUCGCCCGAAGACAUCAAGAUCCACACGCUCUCCUACGACGUGGAGGAGGAGGAGUUCCAGGAGCUGGAGAGCGACUACUCCAGUGACACAGAGAGCGAGGACAACUUCCUCGUGAUGCCCCCGCGGGACCACCUGGGACUUAGCGUCUUCUCCAUGCUCUGCUGCUUCUGGCCCCUGGGCAUCGCCGCCUUCUACCUGUCCCACGAGACGAACAAAGCCGUGGCCAAGGGGGACUUUCACCAGGCCAGCACCAGCUCCCGGCGGGCCCUCUUCCUGGCCGUGCUCUCCAUCACCAUCGGGACCGGCAUCUACGUGGGCGUGGCCGUGGCCCUCAUCGCCUACCUCUCCAAGAGCAACCACCUGUGAGCCUCCCCGGGCGCAUGCGCAUGAAGAGCCUGGGCCAGUUGUGUGCGGGUGCAGAGGAGCGGGGCUGGCGAGGGUGGACACACAGGUAGACACACCAGUGUGAUGCUGUACAGUGUAAGUCAUCGCCAACGACGCCAUAAAGCCCUGGGAUCUUCUGCCCAUGGAUUCCUUUUGUUUUCACCCUUUCAUAUCGUUUUCACAGCACUGUGCAGAGCAUGGGACAGAUGGGCACUGCUAACCCUUCUAAAUGGAAGCUCCAAAGAUCCCGACCCUCGAGGCUGUCUCUGGAUGGAUUCUGGUGGAUUAACGCUGGUGCCAGUGCCUGGAAUGCCAUAGCAUUAGCAAUAGACAAACAGGAACAUGUGUUUAUUUUUAUGGAAUAUGGUGCAACAGGCAGAGGGCAGGGGACACGAGCUCUUCUGUCUGUGGCCCCACCUGACUCCUCUGGCACUGCCCCCCAGUCCA